GCGGACGCUCCACGGCGGUCAGGUGACCCGUAGCAGGCAGGCCAGUCUGGGCUUCAACCGUCGCUUUGGCUCCAAUGUCGGAGGUGUUUGUGCCUGGAAGAAAUGGACUCUGGCAAUGCACGCAUUUGAUCAUUCAGAGAUCCGAUCAGCUGAGUCUGUGAAUGGCGCCAAAACAGGACCCUAAACCUAAAUUUCAAGAAGGUGAAAGAGUCCUGUGCUUUCAUGGGCCAUUGCUCUAUGAGGCAAAGUGUGUCAAAAUCAACAUAAAGGAUAAACAGAUUAAAUACUUCAUUCAUUACAGCGGAUGGAACAAAAACUGGGAUGAAUGGGUUCCUGAAAGCAGAGUUCUCAAAUAUGUGGACAGCAACCUUGCGAAACAAAAAGAGCUUCAAAAGGCCAAUCAGGACCAUUAUGUUGAGGGAAAGAUGAGGGGUUUAGCACCAAGCAAGAAGAUUGCUGCUGUGCAGCAGAAAAAUGUUGAUCUGAAAGUGAAAAAGGCAAAACAGAAGACCCCCGGUCCGGGCGAAGGUACCAGCAGUGGAGAACCGCCCCAGGGACCACGGAAGAAGAGGGCUCGGGUUGAUCCUACUGUGGAGAGCGAGGAGAUGUUCACCAACCGUGUGGAGGUGAAAGUGAAGAUCCCUGAGGAGCUGAAACCCUGGCUGGUGGAUGACUGGGACCUCAUCACACGACAGAAACAGUUAUUUCAUCUGCCUGCUAAGAAGAAUGUAGAGACCGUCUUGGAGGACUAUGCAAACUACAAGAAAUCAAAAGGAAACUCAGACAAUAAGGAGUAUGCAGUUAACGAGGUGGUGGCGGGGAUUCGGGAGUACUUCAACGUGAUGCUGGGCACUCAGCUUCUCUACAAGUUUGAGAGGCCGCAGUACGCUGAGAUUCUGGCUGAACACCCAGACAUGCCGAUGUCUCAGGUGUACGGAGCGCCACACCUGCUGCGUCUGUUUGUUCGUAUCGGAGCCAUGCUGGCCUACACUCCGCUGGAUGAGAAGAGUCUGGCUUUGCUGCUCAGUUACCUCCAAGAUUUUCUCAAUGCCGCCAGACUGGGUGCAAAUCCUCAAAACGUGGACCAUGAAAUCGAUUUUCUGCUCCGGAUAAUAAUUUGUUAUGCAGAGGCCAGAAAUGUUGUAAGAAAGGACGACCAGUGAAGCAGCAGCAGCAGGGUCGUGCUGUGAGGAGCAAAGGUACCUGGUGAAGAACUCGUCCACCCUCUUCAGUGCUGGUGACUACGAGGUCGCACCGCCAGAAUACCACCGCAAAGCCGUGUGAGAGCUCUCAGCACAAAACGCUCCCUCCUUCCCAGAUCACAAAUCCAAACAUCCAUUACUGUCUUUUUGAGUGCAAACUUGGAUGAGAUUUUUCACUUGAACUGAUUCGCUUCCUCCACACAGGUCUCAGGAGCUCGUCGCAGUUAAGGGAAAAUAACAGGGAACGCAUUUCAGCUGAAUUGCUUUUCUGUUUUUACCCUUUCUCCGUGUUAUAUAAUUUGUAUUUUUUAUUUUUUGCAAUGAAAAAUAUGUUUCUCUGUGGUUCGUGUCCACAGGCAGCUCUUUGGUGUUUUUGUGCAUUCCAGCUGGUAGAUAUCUGUUGCAUGUGUGUAUUUAUUAGUGUUUAUUACUGUUCUACACAGUCAGCACUCAGCAGUUCAAGUUUUUGUAUCUGUAUCUUGUGUAUUUGUAUCAAUUUGUUAAAAAAAAAAACAAAAAACAUGUUUUUACACAAUC